AUGGCGCUACCUUUGCCACAAGGGUUAACUCCCCUUGAGGUCGCAUUUGUUUGCGAGAUGGAGAUGGUCACCGUCAUUCCUCGCCAGCAGCUCAAAAGUCAGGACCUAAUAGCGGGACCAACACCGGGAUUGCGGCCACCUCAUCGUGCGUCGCUACCCCUUUGGUUUGCCCUUCUCCUCAAACGUCAGCGAAGAGCCAAUAUCCUUCCUCCACCAUGGUUGCUCCCAUCAUCCCUCGAGAAGAUCCUCAGACACGAAACAGAAAUCUCACCAGACACCUUUUCGCCGCCCCCGCCACAUCCACAUCCUAUCAGCACUCGGCCUGCCGCAACCGACCAUUUGGCACCGCCAUUCCUGCCAUCGAGUACAGCUGAUGCCCCACCGGGAUAUCUCCCUUACCACUGGCUGGAGCUUGGAGAUAUAUUGUUAGAGGCAUGUAGUGAUGACAUACCAGACGCUGAUAGAGUGAGGACCUUAUUAAGAGACUUACGAGAGGUUCGAAUGGCGAAGAUGAGAGCUAGUGCCAAUGAUCUGGAGGGGGGUGGAGUGAGUAGUUUCAAAGGCGUUGGAGCUAUGGAAAUUGCCGAAGGCAGACAAUUCAUAGUUGGCGUUAUGGAUGGCUUGAGGAAACUCGGAGCAAGUAGAGAGGUUGCGAGAAGAGAAAGAGAGGAGGAUGAGGGCGGUGGUGCCGGAGGGGCGAAUAGUGACGAUGAAGAAAUGGAGAUGGAGUGA